AUGGACGCCUUUCGCAAGCUGAAUGUCGACCAGUACGACGAGGAUCGGCUGACGCGGGCCGAGCUCAUCGUGCAUGAUUCACGAUCACCUCCGGAGCUGCUGCAAGUUGCACAAACAAAGCAGGGCGCGGUGCGCUCCAAGAUGGCGAGUGGCGACGUCGCCGGUGCACUCGCAACCGUGCUCACAGAUCCGCCGUACGGCACACACGCAGAAGAAGCCAAGGAUAUCACAUUUGCACUGCUGCUCGAAAUACUCAACUCGACGCGGUCGACCGAUAUUCCAAACGCGAUCAAGUCCCUAAAUUUGGACCAGCGGGAUACGCUGACCAAGUACCUUUACAAGGGCUUUGCGCUCGGCAGCCGCCCCGCCACUGCAGCCCACAGCGUCAAUUGUGCCGUGCUCCUUGGCUGGCACCAAAAACUGACGCAGGUCGCUGGCACGGGCAGCAUCGUGCGAGCCAUGACGGACCGCCGCGAAAUGUAA